CUCGGCCUCUCGGCCUAUCCAUAUACCUCCUCUUGGACUCUGUUUACCCGCCAUGGAAGUCUCUUCAUCACUGGCCAUCCCUGCAUGGCUUCCGUCCUCUCCAUACCCUUCCAAAGAGAACUCCUUGCUUCCUUCACCUCUCGCCCGAAGUACCAGUUUCCUUUUGCUCUCAAAUCUCACUCCUUUAGUUACUUCCUCACGCUCUCACCCCUCGGUCGCACGAUCGUCGAUGAUUUCUCCAAGAUCUCCGCGGCCAGGACCCCCGCGACCAACGUCGAUGAGAGAAUUGCCCUCGGAGAACAGACCCAUGACAAGCGAGCCAAGCAUCAGAGAACCCAGGGAGACGAAAGGGUUGGCAGAAAUGGUGGGCGAGCUGAGGGUGGAACAGCGAGUGAGGUAAAGAAUGUUGAGCUUGGCGUCGCCAAACAGAGGCUGGCUUUUCUGAGGUCCAGAGGCGAAGGCACGGCUCGGAAGUCAAAAAAGAUGACACCUUGGGUGAGAAGAGACAAGGAAAAGGAGGAAGAGAGAAGGAUGAAGAAGAAGAGUAAGAAACCCAAGCUUCGCGAAGAUGAAAUCGAUCUUAGAGUGAAGCUGGAUAUGCGCUCGAAGACGGGGGAUGUGAUGGGCGCCAUUGCCCUAUAUGACUCCGCCGUGAAAGAAGGUAUCAAGCUGAAGCAGUACCACUACAACGUGCUGCUCUAUUUGUGUUCUGCUGCGGCCAUCGGGGUCAUUCACCCAGCAAAAAGUGGUUCUUCUGGUUCCAAUCCACAUUACUCGAGCAACGAGUCUUUGUCGAAGCAUUCGGCCGAAGCAGGUGAAGAAGAUGGGGAAGUGGUACACGAGGAGAACGCCCAACAUACUUCCGAGUCGAAUGGAGCCCUAAUUAAAGAUGCAAGCCAAGGAGCCCGGAAAGAUGGAGUUCCAAUUCAAGUCAGCGAAGACAUCAGAGACUACGCUCGAACCAGGGGACUGGAGAUAUACGAAAAGAUGUGCUUGGAGAAGAUUCCGAUGAGCGAGGCAGCUCUAACAUCGGUGGCCCGAGUAGCAAUGUCAAUGGGCAACGGCGAUAUGGCCUUUGAGAUUGUAAAGCAAAUGAAGCCUCUGGGCGUGACUCCAAAGUUGCGCUCCUAUGGUCCUGCAUUGCUGACCUUCUGCAACGAUGGCGACGUCGACAAAGCUUUCGAGGUCGAAGCACACAUGUCGCAGAACGGCGUCCACCCCGAAGAGCCUGAGCUGGAGGCGCUCAUGAGAGCUAGCGUCGCAGCUCGUAGAGGAGAAAAGGUUUACUAUCUACUGCACAAGCUUAGAACCAAUGUUAGGCAGGUGUCUCCAUCUACAGCAACGGUACUCGAGGCUUGGUUUAGGAGCUCAGCUGCAUCUAGGCUGGGGAAAAGGAAAUGGGAUGUGCAGGCGGUGGCAGAAGCCAUUGAGAAAGGUGGAGGGGGAUGGCAUGGGCAGGGAUGGCUGGGCAAAGGAAAGUGGAAUGUGUCACAUACUGGUGUUAGCACAGACGGCGUUUGCAUGGCUUGUGGUGACAAAUUGGUGACCAUAGACCUUGAUCCAAUCGAGACAGAAAACUUUGCCAACUCUGUAGCAUCACUGGCCAACAAAAGAGAAAGGAACUCAAAUUUUCACAAGUUUCAAAAAUGGUUAGAUUAUUAUGGUCCAUUUGAAGCUGUCGUUGAUGCUGCAAAUAUUGGUCUUUUUAGUCAGCGGCGGUUCUCCAUUAAUAAGGUCAAUGCAGUUGUUAAUGCCAUACGGCAGAAGCUUCCCAUGAAGAGAUGGCCACUGAUCAUCGUACAUAACAAACGCCUCACCGGAGGCAAGAUGAAUGUGCCGCUCAACAUGAAGCUUUUAGAGAAAUGGAAAUAUGCAGAUGCUAUUUAUGAGACCCCUACCGGAUCUAAUGAUGAUUGGUACUGGUUAUAUGCAGCUAUAAAAUGUAAAUGCUUAAUCGUGACGAAUGAUGAGAUGAGAGACCAUAUAUUCCAGGUUUUAGGGAAUGAUUUCUUCCCCAGAUGGAAAGAAAGGCAUCAGGUACAUUUCAGUUUUCACGAAGGAAGCUUUGAGUUUGAUAUGCCACCUCCGUGUUCCAUUGUUAUUCAGGAAAAUGAGAGAGGCCAUUGGCAUAUUCCCAUCUCAACCGUCCAAGAGCAGGAGAGGGAACGAACCUGGUUGUGUGUAACACGUGCCCACAAGGCGAUAGAAGAAUCAUCAAAUCCUCCUAGAGGUUGGUGGGAUGUCUGAUGGCUUAGAUGAACAUUUUCAUACCCUUGCUACCCUUUCUUUAAGAUAUGAAUGGGAUCAGCAUAGACAAUACAAAAUAUGAAUAGAUUGAUCUGAUUUUGGUUAAACAGAGUUUAUCUUAGUCAUUCAGAGAUCGAAAGAACUCGAUCGAUGACUCGGCAUGAAACUUGGUAUUGACUGUGAUCUCAUGUCUUCAACAAAUGUAAGAAAAAUUAGUGGACUAAAGUGCAAAUUUGUUGGAGAAUACAGAACAUCACUGAUACCAAAUUGGAGUAAGCUGGUUCUGAACUGGAUAAGAACUUUACUGAUCAUAACCCUGAUUACAUGUUUGGAUGACCUAAGUCAUGAAAUCCUAAACUGGGAUGUGAGGUACAGUAAGAAGAGUACCUCCAGUAUGGAAUAGGAUUCAAGGCUUCCAAAAGCUCCUCUGGAUUCCAAAGUAGUGAUGUACAUGGUUAGAUAGCUCAAGCAGCAGCACCUUUGAAGAUGAGGAAAUAGAGUGUCUCCAAGCAGAAGUAGAUGAAGGUGCCCUUUUUGUGAGUGAAGAAGCACCCAAAGUUGGAACCCACCACACACUGCCAUCCAGGGCCAUACCUAAGAUCAAACUCCUACCACAUGAACAACCAAAACAGUUGAUGCUGGAGGAACAAGAGAGAGGCAGAGAUGAUGAUGGUGGACUGCACAAAGAGAUAGAUACCUUUUUGAUGUAGGCAGCCAUGCUCUUGCAGUCGAGGACAUCAAAGAGGUCAAGGGCUUCUGAGGCACAGGACAUGGCUUGGAGCUGCAUCUUCACAGGCAUGUCUGUCUCCUGAAUCAUUGCCUUGCCUUCCAACAUCUUGGCUUCCCUUCUUCCUCCGAGUGAAGAUGAAGUGAUGGCUUUCCAGGCUUGACACAAAACUCCAACUCACCUUCCAAAAGAUGCAAGCACAAAGCAGGACAAAACCUGUGAGGUCCCACCGCCACCAGAUUCCACACUGCAACAUGUCUUUGUGGAGAUUCCUUAGAGCAGAAGAUAAUGUUUUGUUUCCACCUGUGCAGGAACAGAUGUUAUUCCACAAGAGCUUUUGUUUAAUGGUAUUUAUGUGACAGAGAACAUGUCUCCACCUGUAUGCAUGACAUAAAAGUAGCUCCGAAGUGUGCAUUUGUGGCACUGACAGUGUAUGUUGGGACAACAACAUGCAACCUCGAAGCAUUAAAUUUUUUUGUUGACA